GGAGUUGAAAAAUGUAUGAUUGAAAAGUCGCGGCUGAAUCCUAACCGUUCAUCUUUUGCUGCUCUGCUAUUUAAACCCAAUCCUCGGCGUUGCCUCCAGCCCUAUCUCGACUCCGCCGUUUCAAGGUCAUUUUGUGUUCUUCAAAGAUUCACACUCUCAGCUGUUAUGGGGAAGCCUAAAAGGUCCAAGAAGAAGGGAUCUGGAGGUGCGACUCUGACGCCAUUAAAAGAAUCCGAAAAGAAUAAGAGCAGCGGUGUUGGCCGGAUAGAGGAAGUCGGAGGAAAUGCCUCGGGUUCCGCUAAUGCUUUAACUCCCGUGCCCGUAACUUCUAGCCCUGCUCUAGCUGCUAAUGCCGCAGCGGUGGUUAACAAUACUAAAGGCGAAGCUAGUGCAGGGAGUAAGAAGAAGGGUAAGGAGCCUGCCAGCCUUGAAAGAGGGAAGGAUCACUUGGAGAAGAGUUCUGGCUUAAUCUUCAUGUGCAACUCACUAACGAAGCCUGAGUGCUAUAAGCUUAGGUUGUUUGGUCUUCCUAGGGGCAAACUGGAGGUGGUGGAGAGGAUCAAGCCAGGAGCAAGGCUAUUCCUGUAUGAUUUUGACCUCAAGCUUAUGUAUGGUGUCUACAGAGCCGUUUCCAAGGGAGGCCUUAAUUUAGUGGCAGGAGCCUUUGGAGGGAAGUUCCCAGCACAGGUGAAAUUUAAGAUUGAAAAGGAUUGCCUUCCUCUUCCUGAGAGUGCUUUCAAACUUGCUAUAAAGGACAACUAUGAAGUCAAGGGCAAAUUUAGACCAGAUCUUAAUUCUAAACAGGUUCACAAAUUACUUGCACUGUUCCGUCCAGUUAGUCCUCAUCCCCAGCAUGCUCCUUUCCAGCAUGCCGAGGAGCAGCGACAUCCUCCAACCUCUGCUUAUCUCCCCCCUCCUGAGGACUCUUUUAGGUCUGGACAUUCUGCGCCGUCUCGUUUGCCUGCGACAAUGGAGCCUUACAUACCUGCUCAUUUAUCUGCGGCGGAGGACCCUUACAAAUCUGGAGCCUUAUUGCGCGGCCCUUCUGAUUCCCGAUAUCUCCCUCUACCUCCAGCUUAUGCGCCUCAUUUACCUGAUUCUUAUCCAACUGCAGAGGACCCUUAUCGAGCUGGAGCUCUAGGCCGCGCCCCACUUUCCAUAGAUUCUCGAUACAUUGCUCCAGCCCCUCUUCCUGUUCCAACUGACCCAUAUGCACCACAACCCCAAUACGUGUUAGUUGAUGCUCGGCAUCUUCAAUUACCGCAUGCGCCAUCUGUCGAUCCCUAUCAUCAUGGACUGGUUACUGAUGCUUAUCGUCAGCCAUUGGAUCUGCGCAACUAUCAUGAAUCCCAAAUUUCUUCAGACCGUUACAGGGAUCAAAUCAGUGCAGCAGAUUAUCAUCGCCUUGUACCUGCACGGGAGGGCGAGGUGGAUUCUCGCGCAGAUCAGUAUCUCCGCACUUCUGAACUGGCUCCUCCCUCCAACACAAGCUAUUUGUCAUCAGUUUAUAACGAUCCUUCCAGAUCUUAUGCCGAUAACCGGGUCGAAAUAGCCAAUGUGCCAGUCUCUUCUCGAUACACAUUCGCCGGCACGGCGCCGGCCUAUCGUUGAUGACGGGGAUGACCUGACCUGAAAUUGGUAGGUAAACUGUUCUAUCGCAUCCGACUUCUGAAUUAUUGGUACAGUAUGAAUGAACCAUGAAGUGUAGUGUACCUUUUAAAUUGUCAUUGUUAUUCUGCUGCUUUAAAAAACUUUUUCAAGCCUGACAUACUGUGCCUUAACUGCAUCUUCAACUGCUGGGCUUGCUCCACUAUUACUCUACUGUUUGUCAUCUUUUAGUGAUAGUUUGCAUCUUCUGUUAGAAUUGGUGGAUUCUGUGAUGCUGUGAGCUUGCUAUUUUACCACGUAAUUAUUGCAAUUUGUUGUCGUAUA